AUGUCGCACCUCGCCUUUUCGUCUGGGCAGCUGCCGGGCGUGGCCGGCGGCACUGCCAACGCAGGAGGCACUGGCUCUGCCUUGCUUCCCAACAUCACGGCUGAGCUGCGCGGCGAGUUCUACCCGCUCCUCUCGACCCUCGCCAGCUGUAAGAACGACAUCUCCACGACGUACGUGAUGGAGCUCUUCUUCACUCUCGUCCGCUUUGACGCGGUACUAAAGGAAAAGGAGCGGCAGCUGCUCGUGAGCACCGCGCAGCAGCUCAUCACGCGCCUGCUGCAACAGCUGCAGAAGGUGUGUCACAUGCGGCAGCUCCUCGACGAGAACGAGCGCUUUGUCGGAGAGCUUAUCGAGCGGUGUAGUGCGCUGGAGUGCCUGUGCGGGGCCCGCGACGGCGAUGAUGACAGUCGCACGAACGACGGCGAGGGCACAGACGACAUCGUCGCGAGUGGGCAGGCUUUGUCGAGACUUCAGCUAGAGGACAACGUCGUCCACAGGCACGGCGAUGGCGAAGAGACGGUGCGCUUCAUGGCCACGACGAGGGCGGCUGGAGCCACGGCGGCCCGUCGUCGCCCCUCGUCAUCGGCUGUGUAUCCCAGCAACACAAUCGGGAGUCAGGAACCGCGACGAUUCUCGUUUGACGAUGGCAUGGACGACAUCACGAGCAGGGCCUCAACGGUGCAGCAGUCACGGCAGCAGCAACAGCACAGAGCAGGUCUCGGCGGCAACGUGCGAUCAACAUCGACAGCAACGACGGAGGGAGGCGGAGCAACGACACCCCUCUCUCCCCCCUCUUCGCUUUGCCGCCGGUCUUUGCGCCUUCCUCCGCCGCUGCAGCAGCAGAGCAGUAGUCUUCGCACCACAAGUCGUCGGAGUCACACUAGGCGCACCCACAGCGCUGCCGCCACACCACGUGCUCAGGGCACCGUCACCAGCCCCGAGCAGGUCGCCAGCAAAACGUCUGACGAAGAUGGAGGACGGGUCGUAACAGCCUUGGAGAACGUUGCGGGUACAGCAGCAGCGACAGAUAUUACACCUGCAGUGUACAGCGGGGUGCAGCACGCUCUCCAGGAGCACUUCCGCAACAAUGUCCGGCACACUCUAACCGGCAGCAUGCUCGCAGUGUCAAGCAGCCCGAGCGAGUUGGUUCAGCAACCGCAUCAGCCGCUGCUGCGCGGUGUCAUAACACCAAGCAGUCGCAGCAGUGAGCGACCUGAGACGGCAGACGGUGGCGUUGCGGAGGUGGACAUGGACUCAGCUCAGCAGCAACCGUCGCUAGCUAUGUACCCUUCCCUGGCCUCCUCCCCUGGGCUGGUGCAGCGCCCCUUCUCAUCCUUUUGCAUCUCAAACCUUCCAAACUCCCAGUCAAGUGCCUUCCUCGCGGCAACAGUGCCCUUGGCAACGUCCUCGAGCAAUGCCCUGGGCAUCGAGGCAGGCGGGGCGCUUGGCCUGAGGAUGGACAACAGCCUCUCGGCAUGGUGCGCCCCAAUAGCGCAGGAGCCGGUCGACACGGCGAAGGUGUGGAACCGCAUGUUCUGGAGGUUUCUGGAUGGGCUCACUGCCACUGGCGAUCUAGCAGUGCUGCUCACACUGUUGGACACAGGAAAUCCCGCGCAGACCGAGGGAGCCGCCACACUGACCGCUGCCACCAACGGCAUUUCAGCCGUGUACAAGGGCUCCUUCGGAAGUAACAGGAGUGGCCCUAACGCAAAGCGCAUCACAGCAAACAACGCUGCGGCGGCGACCGAUGACGCGGGGGGGUGCCGUGCCAGCCUGGCGUCCAGCUUGGGCUCAGCUAAAUGUGGGGUACAGCCACUUAUAGACGCGCUCAAUAGAAGCGGCAGCUACUCGCAGCUGCUGCCCGCAGCGAACGCUUCUCAGGCGCUGAAGAGCACCAUCGCCGCAGUCACGGGCACUGUCGGCGUCGCCGCCGGAGUAGCAGAUGAGGCACUGAGAGGCAGCAUCGCUACCAAGGGUGAGCAGAUGAUGGACGACGGGGUCGAGCAGCAGCAACAGCAGCACGCCCGCAGAACACCGCUGAGCUCUAAAGCACAGAGCCCUGUUCCCGCAGGUGUUCUGCCGUCCUCUGACUCGCGUAUGAACAACACCAGCUUCCCAAUGCCUCUCAAUUUGGACGACUUCGUGAGGGAGGAAGAGUUGCGGCUGCAUCGAGACUUCUGGACGCACAUACCAGCCAUCCUCGCGACGCUCACAGAAGGCGUCAUGUACGAUGGCAGCCACGAAUCCGCACACCCGCACAAGAGAAAUGAUAGCGCGCCGUAUGGAGCAGGCAGCAGUGGUGAGGAGGUGACUAGCCUGCAGGAAAUUCACAGCAAUAGUGAUUACUGGGACUCCGUCCCUCGUCACGGUACCACCAAUGAGAGUGGGAGGGGAGAUGAGGAGCCACAGGAUCUGGCAUCCAGUGCUGGCGUUACAGCUGCGGCAGUUGAGGACGAAGCGAAUGACAACGUACUCGCAGCGCUCCAUCUACCGAGCUCGGAAGCGCUGCAGCUACUGCCCAUCUUCUCCCCUCUCCUGCGAAAUUACACUGGUGCAGUGGGGCAGCUGAUGCGCUCGGCACCGAAGUACGCACGCUCCACACAGGCCCAGCACGCUUGCGCGCUCGCUGUCGUGGCAGCCGCGGCAGCUCAACAGCAGUACCAACAGGCAGUCCUCUCCUCCAAUCCCAACGACGCAACCGCUUCUGUUGGGGAGUGCCCACUGGAGGGGGGCGAGGACGCUGGGCUCGCCGCCACCGUCUCUACCAGCUCAAUAAACGUGCCUCUGAGCAACGUACGUGCCGGACUAACUGGCACGGCAGCGCAGGAAUCCUCUGUGACACACAUACAGGGGCUGAAGGACAGCCAAGCAUCGCCCAGCGGGGGCGACCGUCGACCUGGGGGCGGUGGUGCAGAAGCAGCAGCGGCAGCGGCAGGAUGCGGUUUGAAUGUCAAUAACCCGGCACCUGCAGAAGCUGUAGAGCGUGGCCUUUUGGCGGCUGGGAGUUGCACAGAAGUUCGAGCGGUGGACAUCGUCGUUUACGCCCUUGUCACCGCUCUCUAUGUCCAGUGUUCCAUGGCGGUCGCGAUGCAGCAGCAAGAACGCGUCCACGCAACAGCGGGGGCGACCAUCGACGGAAAGACCAGUCUCUCGGAUGGUGGCCGCACGCCGGCUGGCAUGCUCUCUCCGCAGGGGAACUGGCCCUUCGCGGGCACCUCAUCCGGCUCCAGCUUUGCUGCCGACGUCGGCCUGGGCACGGCGAGUGGAAACAACAACGCCAGUAUGUUUGCUGAGGAGGACCGUGUUCCGGUUAAAGGUGUUCCCAACGUCAGCCUGAGCAACCCUGACGUUGGUGACGCUAGCUGGCGGUGGAGCGGCGGCGUCGGCAGCGGCGGUGGCUACUCGCUCAACACGAGCAUCGGCCUGCCACCCAACACGCUUUUUCAUCCACACCUAUACCUACUGCAUCCCAUGGCUCUGCGCACCGGUAGCGGAGGUGUUGGUAGGGCGAUGGGCUACGUAAGCAACGGCUCUUUCCAUGAGCGGCAAAGUUAUUAUUUACCGCAGUCGCAUGCGCAUCUGCAGCAGCAGCGACAGUCGCCACAGCUUCUGCGCAACUUCUCGUUCAGCACGACGUACUCGCCAACGGAUGCGGCGCUCUUGGUCUUGCGGAUAGCGCAUGAACGGAAGAGCAACGGCAACGGCAGUGGGGAAGGGGAAGGACGGCCAGACAGUGUCGGUAGCGAUGAGCCUGUGGUGGCCAGCGCUGGCCUCCAGCCCUCACUUAGUCCCCAAGCACCGUGUAUAAAUCUAUCCUCCAUUGAGUUUACGACGCAGGAUAUCGUCGCCUGCGCCAACAGCUUCUCGCAUGUGUCGCUGCCGAGCAUCAUGAAGAUGGAGCUGCAGCACCUGCAAGAGGAGCUGCGCGAUACCAGCCACGCUGUGCAGCGCAUGGAGGGGCAGGCGCGAGGCGAGCUAGCCCUGCUCCUCUUCCGCCUCCUGUCCAUUGUCUUGAACUGGCUUAUGCCUGCAGUGUACGUAGCCGACCCGCGUGUGUGGUUGUUUUACCGCAAGUGGUCCUGCGACCUAUACCGGGUCUUGUGCACGGAUGUCGCCCUACUGGAGGAAUUCCGCAGGCUCCUGAAUCAGAGCAGCGUGGCAGUGAGUAGCACGACGGCGGAGGUGAGUGGUCUGCAGAGGCGACGGGGUGGGUCGACGAGGAAUGCGCACAGGGCGAGUCAGCCCAAGGCAUGCUCGGCGACAAGCACGCCGAACAUCAGCGCUCCACGAGACCCGCUGCCGUCCUCAGGUAGCGGGGCGGCGCAAUCACCGCCACAGACCUGGUCACACUCGCCCGGCAUCCCAGCAGGAGUAAGCACCGUCGCUGCAGACAGCGGUGAUUACCACGACGCCAGCACGGGCUACGCAGCGCCUGAAGGGGCAGCGGGGUUCACAGGUGGCGUUGUGCGAUACCCCAGCGACUCGUUUUCUUCGCCUCUGGCGGACGAUGCCUUGGCGGCCACCAGUGCAUCAAUUGAGGACGCUUUCAGCUUCAUCCUUCCAGGGUCCAGCCUCGCUGUUUCGGUCUCACAUGAAACACCACCCGUGCAACCUGGUGUGCUGAACAUGCUUGCCCAAGAAGAGGUGGAUCGUAGAGGAGAGGCACCAGCCGAUAUGGCGUCGCUGCGCGCUGCGCAGGCGCUGCUGAGUGACGAGGGCACCGUCGUGCCGCUGCCAUGCCCGUUCCUGAUCACGCGUCUUGUGGCGGCGACCUUGCGCGGCAUCGAUGCGGACAUCGCCGAGUCUCUUCUUUGGGUCGUUGGGCAAGCGCCUGUUUGUGACGGCGCUGCCGGGGCGAAUACCGGCAGCAGCGUCGAGGACGACGCCGGUGGCGUCCCGGUGGAUGCGCAUCGGAGCAGCAACAUCAGCGGCGGCACCAGUGGAAGCGGACUUGUCCACAAUGUAGAGGUAGAUGAGGGCAAGCUUGCUGUGUCUGGGCGGCACCUUGGACACGCGGCUCACCGAACUACCUCCGGCCACCGUCUGCACGCGCACUACCGCAACCAUUGCGUUCGCCAUCACCGAAGCAUCUCCGCAGAUGCCUGUGUGGGUGGAAGCACGGCUUCAGCGACCAUGGGCCACUACAUGGUCGAUAGCGAGGAAGAGGACGACGACGGUGGAUACGGCGACCACUGGUACGGCGUCCUCGAACGUCGAAAGAGGGAUCCGAUGUCGCCUGCUCCCCUGCAGAACCACAUCAUUUCCAAAAACACGAAAAGUAGAGCUGCCAGUGUCACCGCGAUUGCCUCCCCGACGCUUCCACACGCCAUCCCUCAAACUCCUUUCAUCGAGCCCGUUACCAUCGGUGGCCCGCAGCCCCUGUUCCUCCCACACCAGCCACCCGAAGGUCCCACGCUGAUGCACCAUCACCGUUUCCGCUAUCCGUCCGUUCACGGCUACGAUGACGUGGCGGGGCUGUAUCUCAGCACGCUGAAUGAUGCAGAGCUGUUCCUCUCACCACAUGAUCCUGUGUACGCCUCGCUCGUACUGAGCGCUGCCGACCUGCACCUGCACGACUUGCACGACACCGCCACGGCCGCCUCGUUGGUGAACGCGUACCUGGUGGAUGUUGGUGAGGAACACAUUCAGGGACCGGUGUGGGGAGAGUUACCCGCCGCUGUGACCAGGACCGAAGGCGGCGGUGGUGCGGCCUCGUCGCUCAACGCCGCUGGAGAUCGCCCUGGGAGCUCUUCUUCUGCCCGUUCUGCACCCGGUAGGGGCUUCUCUGUGACACAUGCGCUCCAAGGCAAAACACACAAACCAACCUCGCCAACCAGAGCCCCGAGCGUGGCACCGGCGGUUUCCUCUCAGUCGACGCCGGCGCCGCCACCGCAGCAGCUGCCGUACGUGCCGAUGGUCAUUCCGUCCUGGAACAACGAGCAAGAGAAAGAAGAGUUUCUCGCGACGCUGCUGCUGCUGCGGCAGAUGCAGGCCUUUCUCUCCGCGGCGGAGAUGAAGACGCAAACCGACGUGUUGGAGAGCUGA